AUGGAUGAAAUGGGCAACAAGGUCGCGAUAUCAUUCGACUGGCCACUCAAAGCAGUGACAAGUACUGAGCGCACACGCGCUAACUCUUCCGCUGUUGCUUUGCAGCAAGGGAAUAGUUCGACCAGGCGACGGAGUCAGCAGUCUGCUACUUCACAGUCUCUGCGGCCCACCGAUAGCUCUUCUCAGCUUGAAGAGCUCGUUUCCCUUCGGCUCUCACAGGAUAUAGAUGCCAGUGUCCAAGUUUCGCUACUUGAGACCGACGAAUCUAUCCGGCUUCACGAUCUGGCCUCCUCUCGGAACUCAGAUGACAUACACACGGGCACAGGGCAGAACACCGUCGACUGCGUCGCCCAACCAACCAGGAUUCCCCAGACUUCGGGUGAGACAUACAACAACGCAAGCUUAAAGGUUAUAGAGACCAUACUUAUGAUCGUCAUCGUCAUCGUCGUAGCAGAGCAGAGCAGCGAUUUUGACAUUUCGCAUGGAAAUAGAGGUUGUGCUGGCUGCGAUUUUACCUGGCGCCACCUUAUAUCGGCUACUUUCGUUGAAAACUCUGCCGCCAGGAUAGCCUUUUCUACAAUCCAGUAUGCUAUAGCACACGGCGCGCUGAUUUGGGCGCUUGUGCUGCUGAUGGGUCGUUUCGGUACAUUCCGUCCAGGACUCCUCAGAGGCGGGGCGCACCGACCAGAAGAUCGACUCAUCUUUACCGUAACGAUGAAUGUGUGCAAGCACGACUAUGACCAUUCUGCACAAUACACGAUGAAUGUGGCAUGUUUGUUAGUCUACAGUUAA